AUGGCUUCUCAAGUUUCGAACACUGAUAUCAACGGUGGGGCCUCGAAUUCCAAGUCCCUUGCAGCCAUGCUGGAGGAGCAGCAUGCACGCAAUGAGGCGCACAAGGCGACAGUCGAGGAAACCGUUGACGAAGAGGACCUGCUGCAUCCCCCGCCGUCUGCGUCGGCAAAGGACCAAGAGCCAGCUGUUCCGGAGACGACCGCCGCCGUCGACGAGGCCGCCGCCGCAACCUCCUCGGCUCCAAAGCCCGCUCCCAAGAAAGCUCCUGCUUUCGAUGUCCGGUCCGAGGAAUUGUUCCCGGCCCUGGGAAGUGGCCCCAAGCCUAAGACACCGGCUGCCGCUACGUGGGGCGCCAGACCUUCCGCUGCCGCCGCCGUUGCCAACGGUGUUGCUGGAGGCUCCCCUGCGACAGCAGGUGAUGUCCCGAGAAUCAUGAGUCUUCCCGGAAAACAUAUGGAGCAGCUUCGUCUAGCCCCGUCGCAAAUGCUUCCGCGGGGACAGCUCAAGAAGCCCCUGCGGGAUAUCCUACGCGAUAUUUCCAGGCGAUCAAAGGCCAAUGUUGAUAUGCGGGGUGGACCUGGAGGCUCGAUUAUCUUCGAGGGCAAAGGCUCGGUCGAGUCCGUUAGACAAGCUCUCAAGGAGGUUGCCCAGCAAGUCGGAUCCAAGCAAUCGGUCCGUGUUCCCAUUCCGACGUCCGCUCGCGCGCAUAUUAUUGGACGACAAGGUGCGAUUGUGCAAGAUAUUCAACAACGGACGGGUGCGCGCGUUCAGGUGCCCCGUGCUGAAGGCUCAGCCGACGAGGAUGACAACGACACUAUCGACGUGUUGAUUGAGGGUGAUGCAGUCGCCGCUGAACUGGCUCGUCGUCAGAUCGAAGCCAUCGUCAAGGAACGCGCUUCCAACAUGAGCCUGCGACUGAAGACUAUCCCCGCGGAAUUCUUCCCUUUCAUUGCGGGCGUCCAUAAUGAGAAUCUGAAAGCCAUCGAAGAGCGCACCAAGGCCCAAGUGCAUGUGCCCCGGUACGAUACUUGGGAAAGCCAACCUCCCCCACAGGAGGCCGAGCCUGGACAUGUGCAGUUUGCACCCGCCUCUGAUAAGCACAUUCACAUCUCGGGAGAACGCACUGCCGCGCAGGAAGCUCGCGCGGAGAUCGAGAGACUUGCAGCUGAUCUGCAGCGCCAACUGACCCUUCGUCAGCUGGCUAUCAACCGCGGACAGCAUCAAUUCAUCCUCGGGGAGGGAGCCAAUGCUCUGCAUGAAUUCCUUGCUGAUACCGGCUGUGCCAUUGUCCUGCCACCCGCAUCGGACGACAGUGAAUUCCUUACCAUUACUGGACCAUCGAACUGUAUCGAGGCUGGUAUUAACCGAGCCAUGGAUCUCGCCACUAGCAUGCAAAUGGCAAGCAUUGACCUGUCUCGUCAACAUCCCAAUGCCCCUGCUGGCCCUCAUGCGCACGCGCGUGCCCUCACCCGGUAUCUUAGGGAACGACAGAUCAUUCAGCAGUUGGAACAGAUGUAUGAUGCUCGCAUUGCUCUCCCACCCAAGUCUGACGGCCCUGUAACAUGGGAAGUCUACUCGAGAGACGGUAAAAACACCAUUCGUGCGCGUUCCGACAUCAUGAACUUGGUCCAGGCUCACCCUCCCGCACGUGUUCGCUAUGUCUCUGUGGAUCCUUACUACCACCCGUACCUGGAGUCUCGUAGUCUCAACAAACUGCGAAAUGACUACGGUGUCCACCUUCUUAUCCCGGAUGAGGCUGACAGCUCGGAUGUGGUUCUUGUCUACGAAGGACCUUCCGCCUCCACUUCUCAGCCUGAGAUUCCGCGCCAGAGGCCAUCUCCUGCCGAAAUAGCCGCUUUCGAGAAGUCUCUCCAGGAAGCACAGGAGUUCCUUGUCCAGCUCACGGGAGACCAGAACGACAUCGUCGCCAAAUCCGUUGAUGUCCCUGCCAAAUACCAGGAUAAGGUUCGAAAGUACAUCAGCCGCGAACAGCAGACAGAGGGCGAGGUCCAAAUCCCCAUUCGCUCCCUCGUCGGUGAUGCUCGCAAUGAUGGCAAGUGUGAGGUUUCUUUGCGUGGCCCUUCCGGUCAGGUUGACGGACUGGUCUCAAAGAUUCACGCUUUCGUUGCCGAGCAGGAGAAAGACGACCUUGAAAGAGGCUACACAAUCUCGUUCGACUUCCCUCAGAAAUUCGCCAACUUCCUUAUUGGCAAGCGUGGUGAGAACAUCAACAAACUUCGCGAUGAAUUCGAUGUGGACAUCAAGGUCGACAACGGAAAGGUCGAGGUCAAAGGACCCAAGGCCAAAGCAGAUGCGGCAAAAAUGCGUAUCAUCAAUCUAGGAAAGAAACUGGAGGAUGAGACGACCCAUGUCCUGAAGAUUCCCGCACAGUACCAUCGUGAACUGAUCGGUCAGAAGGGCAGUCAGGUCAACAGACUCCAGGAUCGUUACUCUGUGCGGGUUCAGUUCCCACGGGCGGCGGCUGCCACUGGCGACGACCAGUCCGUUGCGGACACUUCCAGCGAAGUGGGUGGCGCUCGGCCUAUUCGUCCCCAGCAGGCGUCCGAUGAAGUCAUUGUCAAGGGUCCUAGCAAGGGUGCCGACUCCGCCAGGGAUGAGAUUCUGAGCCUGUUGCAGUGGGUCGUCGACCACUCCCAUUCGGCAACUGUGUCCGUCGCACAGAGCCAGAUCCCGUCUCUGAUCGGUCAGCGUGGCCGUGAGAUGGACAAGCUUCGUGCUGAUACCGGGGCGCAAAUUGACGUCCCUGGAGCCAAUGACGCACCGGAUGAUUCGGGCCGUGUGCAGAUCAAGAUCAAGGGUACCAAGCAGCAGGUCGAGGAAGCAAAGAAGAUCUUGCAGCAGCGUUCGAGCGAGUUUGAUGCUAUUGUCACCAAGACGAUUGAUGUGGACAAGAAAUACCACAAGGCUCUGAUUGGCGGUGGCGGUGCCAACAUUCGGAAGAUUGUCGCCGAGGCUGGUGGUCCUACUGAUGGAGGCGCCUCCCGCAUUGUCAGAUUCCCCCGUCCGGAAAGCACGGAGUCCACGAUCAAGUUGGAAGGAAAUGGCAAGGUUGUGGAGAACAUCAUCGCUGCCAUUGAAGCAUUUGUGAAGGAGCGCGAAGAUCAGGUGUCGAUUACCGUUGAGGUUCCCCCAGUGCAGCAUAGACUGCUCAUCGGUCGUGGUGGCGAGACACGGCGUGGUAUCGAAUCGCAGUUCAAUGUUACCAUGGACAUUCCCAAGCAGGGCUCUGGACGCUCUGAUAUCAAACUCAAGGGCCCAAGCGAUGCUGUUGAGGGUGCCAAGGAGCAUAUCUUGUCAUUGCUGAAGGAUCAGCAGGGCGAGACAGUCGAGGUCCCUCGGCACCUGCAUCACGCCGUUUCAGACAAUGGCGCUUUCUUCCGGCGGCUACGCAAUGAUUAUCGGGUCACUGUGGACCAUGCUGGACAGGAGGUGCCCGCUAAGCCAGCGUCCGAGGAGUCCCGUGCCACGACCAGCGGCGCCUCGUCCCUUCCGUUGAUCACUGAUGAACCCAGUGACUCGAUUGAAACUCACUCAUGGAAGACUGUCGAGCACGGUGCUGCUGCCAGUGACCCGACUCGGCCCGCGACCAUCCCCUGGGUGCUCAUCGGAAGCGGCGACAACGUGGCCCGGGCCAAAUCCGCGUUGGAGAAGGCUAUUUCAGCGGCGUCGCAGCAGUCUGCCACCGGAUACCUGAUUCUCCCUGAUCCCAAGACAUACCGCUUUGUUGUUGGUCAAGGUGGUAGCCAGAUCAAUGCCAUCCGCAAGCAGACGGGAUGCCGGAUCAAUGUGCCCAAAGACCAGGCCCGCGGCGAGGCAAUUGAGAUCAAGGGCAGUCCCGAAGGACUGGAGAAAGCCAAGGAGAUGAUCCUCGAGGCCGUCCGCGCUGGAUUGAGCGGUGCUCCCAGGUAA